UUGAAUUUGAUACAUAGAAGCUUAAGAGAGGGGAGAGAUAGAGAGAGAGAGAGGAGAGAGGAGAGAGAUGGAUCGGGGACAAAUGUUGGCAGCUACGGUUUUAUGCUUCUUGUUGAGUAAUAUUAUAAGCUCAGAAGCGGAACUCCAGGUCGGGUUCUACAACUACAUUUGCCCCGCAGCGGAGUCCAUCGUGCACGACGAGGUUAAAAGAGCUGUUAGCUACAACCCAGGCUUCGCCGCGGGACUUCUAAGGAUGCACUUCCAUGAUUGCUUCGUUAGGGGUUGUGACGGGUCGGUUCUGAUUGAUUCAACACCGUUUAACGAGGCGGAGAAGGACGGGCCUCCCAACAAAUCAAGCCUUAGGGGAUUCGAGGUCGUAGACAACAUCAAGUCGCAGUUGGAGGCGGUGUGCCAAGGAAAGGUCUCAUGUGCAGAUAUUCUGGCAUUUGCUGCAAGGGAUAGUGUUGCAUUGACAGGAGGGCCUUCCUACGAUGUGCCGGCGGGCAGAAGAGACGGAAGGAUUUCCCAGGCAGCUGACACCAAGGACCUCCCUGCCCCGACUUUCGGCCUCGCCAAUCUCACCGCUUUUUUCGCCAAGAAAAACUUGACGCAAGAAGAUAUGAUCACUCUCUCCGGUGCACAUAAAAUAGGGCGGUCCCACUGCAGCUUUUUCGACUUCCGGCUCUACAACUUCAGUUCCAACAUGGUUCAGGAUCCGAGCUUGGAUCCGAGCUACGCCGAGUUGCUGAAGCACGAGUGUCCAAAGGACAGCAACGACCCGAACCUCGUCGUGCCACUAAACACGUUGCCGCCUAAUGCGUUCGACUCGAGCUACUACCGCGCCGUCCUCGAGGGCCGCGGCCUCUUCGUCUCCGACCAGGCCCUCUUGUCGACCCCUGAGUCCGCCGCGCUCGUGCAGCAAUACGCCGCCGACGCGUGCUUCUUCAAGAAGAAGUUCGCGGAAGCGAUGGGGAAGAUGGGGCAGAUCGAGGUGCUCACGGGGAGCAGCGGAGAGAUUCGCGCCAAUUGUAGGGUGAUCAACUCAUAAAUUUGGUCGGAUUAAUCCAUUCGUGUGUUUUUUCGGAAUUCAUCGAUUAAUUUGUUCGUGUUCCGGUAAUACAUGUAUCAGGGUGCAACGCCGUGCGCACCAAAGGGCAUUUAAUCAAUUGUAAUGUAUUGUUUUUGAAUAAGUGCAUGCUUUUGUAAGAAGCUGUAUCAAAAGGGCUUUAAUUGUCAUCGUACGUGCUCAAGAUAUUUGUGAUUGAUUUAUGUAUUAAUUUGAAGCAAGUGAUCAAGUGCAAGUUUCAUGUAUUCUGUU